AUGAGUGUGGACAAUUUUGAUAAUUUUUUGAUCGAAAGCAGGUCCAGUGACGGAAAAGAAUCACUACUUAUUCCCCCCUUUAAAUUGGAGCAAAAUAUUUUGUUCUAAUUUGCAGGGUUAAGAAAAUUUUUUUAUAAAAAAAAAUCAAUAUACAAUUUUAAAUCAAAAUUUUAAAAAAAAAUCAAAAAUUUAUCGAAUUAGAUUAGUAAAUUUGUGUAAUAAAAUGCUAUUUACUCUUUAUCCUUUAAAGCAAUGCAAGAUAUACCUAAAUUUUAAUUAUUAGUUAAUAAGAACUAUUAAUGGGUCAACAAAUAAAAAAUAAAUUAAAAAGCAAAAUUUUUGAAAAUUUAUAUAAUUUUGUUUAAAUAAGAUGCUAUUUAUGCUCUAUUCUUUAAAUAAAGCAGGAAAUAUAAGUAAAUUUUCAAUUUUUGUAAUGGAAUUUAUAUCAAAAUUACUUAAAUAGAAUAUAUUAUUUUUAUGAAAAAAAUAAAAAUUUAAAUUGUUUUAAAAAUUUAGCAAUUAAGGAUAAUAAAUUUAUAUAUAAAUAAAAUGCUCUUUAUUCUCUCUUCUUUAAACAAGAGCAAGAUAUUUUUACAUAAAAAAUUAUAUAAAUUUUUUUAUUAUAAAAUUGAAUUUUCCCAAUUUAAAAGGGGGUUAGUUUACCAAAAAAUGAAAAUUUUACCUAUAUUUUGUUCCAAUUUAAAGGGGGGGCUAGAAAAUGCAAAGAUACCAUUGAAGUCUUAGAAAGCGAACUCGACCAAGAAAGAGCUGGUAGACAAGAUCUUGAAAGACAAAAUAGAGAGUUAUUGAGAAACAUUGAGGUUUUCAAAGGAGAAGUAGAUGACCUCGAAGCUGUAAACAAUGCCCUUAAAUUUGAAAAUCAAGAGCACCAAGACACCAUUGGGUUCUUGCAGACAAAAAUCUUUAAACUUACAGAUGAGCUUGAAAAAACUAAAGCUUCAUUAGAAAAAGAAAAAAAAGCCAGCAAGGAUCUCACAUCUGAUAAUUUAAAGCUGCAAGAACUAAACGAUGAGCUUAAAGAAGAAAUAACCCGCCAGCACACAAUUAUUGAAGAAUGAAAUGAAGCUGUAAUUGCAGUAGACACCAAACUGAAAACUAUUUCUGAAGAAAACAGAAGUCUAAAACUUUCAAUAGACAGCUAUAUUUCAGCCAAUGAAGACCUGCAGAACAGAAACGAAAAUUUAAACAGAAAUCUAUUAUGAGUUGGCAUAAUUUUAGAGGGUUUCCACAUGUUGGAGCAUUUUCUCACAUGUGGAACCACUCAAUGUGGGAUUUUGGUUCCACACGUGGGGAAAUAUCGCGACGUGUCGAGACCUUCCCAAAAUUAUGCCAGCACAUAAUAAUAGAAUCCCACCAAGAAAACGAAAGCUUAAAACAUCAGUUGUCUGACUCAAAAACAGAAAGGGAAGAUUUAAUCGAAAAAUUAAGAAGAGCGAUUUUCAGUAAUCAAGAACAAGCUUCUUUUCUAGACAAAAGUUCUCAAAUUGCAUCACAAAAGCUGCAGGAUGUUAAAGAGAAGCUAGAAAAUGAGAGGAAAAGAGGAAAAGAGACUGAAAAUGAAAGAGAUGAACUAUAUGCAAAAGCGCAAGCUUUGGAGGAGAGGUUCGAAACCAUGAAAAUUCAGUAUGAAGAAAGGCUGCUUGACCAAAAAGAGGUUCAGUCAAAGCUGGAGCUUGAGGUGAAUAAUUUGAAGCUUCUGAUGGAUAGCUUACAGAGUAAAUAUAUAGCUGAUGAUACCAAAAAAGAGCAUAGGAUUGAAGCUCUUGAUGCAGAAUUAAAUGAAAUCAGGCAGGAGCUGGAAAAUCUCAUUCAAGUCCAUAAAGAGCUUCAAGCUCAGUAUCAGGAUUUAAACUCUCAAUAUCAAAGAGCUAAAGAGUUUCUUAAUAAUAAGCAAGAAGAAAUCCUAUCAAAAAACCAGGAAAUCUAUAAAAUGGAAGAAAAAUCAAGGCUUUCUGAAGAAAAUUAUAUGAAAGAUAAAAAAAAUUUACAAGAUCAGUUAGAAAGUAUAAGAAAGCAGUAUAGCCAAGAAAUGAUAAAUAGGGAAAAGGAAUAUUAUGAUAAAAUAGAAGAAAUAUCAAAAGAAUACCGCCACGAAGUUGAGAAGCAGACAGCUACGGCUGAAUUUGAAAUAGAGAAAAUCAAAACAGAAGUACAAAAAUCAAAGGAACAUUUUAAUCAAAUGCUUAAUUAUAAAGAAGAGGAAAUAGAUGCUUUAAAUGACGACAGACAAAAGCUGCAGUCCAUGAUCACUGAGAUGGAAAGCAAAAUUUUUGAGCUCAGCACAAGUUUAGACCAAACAGUCACUGAAUCAAAGAGAAUGAGCAGCGAGCUAUCUAGAUUAAAAGAAAAUGGUAUAGAAGCAAGUAUUAGAUUUGAUCAAGAAACAGCGAAACUUAAGGAUGAGGUUGCCAUUCUUAAUGAUAGACUUACUCCUCGUUUUGCAAGCACGGAAUCAGUUUUAAAUUUUGAUUCAGAUUUAUUUAAAUUGUGAUACAAAAUUUAUUUUUCUCCAUAUUUAAUAGAAAAAAAAAAAUGCAAUUUUAAAGUGCUAAUUAAAAUGGAGAGUCAGAGAAGAAAGUGAAUAUUAUAAACAAAUUAUUGAAAGGAGAGAAACAGAAAUUAUCCAAAUCAAAGACAGAUUUGAAGACAGAUUAAAGAAAAGGGUCAUGAUUUUCCAAGAAAAAACUAGCACUUGGAAAGAAAAAAUCAGACAAGAAAUCGAUUUUCUUCACAAAUACAUGAUAGAUCUCAGCAGCCCUUCUCAAAAAGAUAAAACUUUUGGCCUUCUUGAAAGACUCGAAAAAAUAGUUAGUUCGAUGAUUAAUUAA